AUGCUAUGGUUGUUGGAUUUCUUGAUUCAUCCGUUACGUGGAAGUUCCAUUGACAUUCAUCCAAAUGCUCGAUGGCAACAGAAUGGUCUCACAGUGGCUGGAGGAAAUGGAUAUGGCAAUGGAAUCAAUCAGCUCUACUGUCCAUGGGGUUUGUAUGUUGAUGAUGAUGAUCAAACAAUCUAUAUCGCUGAUGCAUUGAAUCAUCGUAUUGUGGAAUGGAAAUGGGGUGCGACGAGUGGCCAAGUGGUUGCCGGUGGAAAUGGAGAAG